UUUCAAAUUUAUUUAUAUACACUCAAAUGUUCAUUUAUGUUCCUCAUAAUUUUCUUAAUUUAACAAUAUUUUAUAUUGAACAACAAGACCAAAACGCGAAAAGCAAACAAUUCCUCCUGCUUUCCGAUCUCCUUACUUGGUCAAGUACAAGGAUCUGUUUAAAGAUGAGAAAGCCAUGAACCAAAUUGCAGUAGACUUUGCUCUUGGUGGAAAAGAUGAAAGUGCACUCUUAUACUAUGAUGGCUUGAAUCUCAUCAAUAGAAAUGAAAUGAAAACUCUUGGAGAUGAUGUUGAAGUGACAAAUUGUGUCAUAGAUGGAUGGGCAAGGUUUCUUAAUCAUAAAAAGCCGAGAAACAAGAUUUAUUUCUCAACAGUGCUUCAUCACAUUAUGUGCACAAAUAGAGUUUGUCGAGAAGGAUCAUCAAUGAAGACAAGAAUUAAUGCCUUCAUAGAAAGAAUUGACAAUGAACUGAAGUUGAAUAAAAUUGACAGCAUUGUUGGAUAUAAACAGGUCUUCUUCCCAGUAUCAACUUCUCAACAUUUUUUUCUGUUGUGCGUCAAUCAUAUAGAAGACAAAAUUCAUAUAAUUGACAAUAGAAAACUACCAAAAAAGGUAUCAGUCCAAGCAAAAUAUGAAGAACAACCAAAAAUGAUGGUGAGAUAAUAUGUUCAUUUAUAGUUGGCUACAUGAUCAAUUAUAUUUUAUUAAUUGUUCAUGUCUUCAUCACAAUACAAACUUCUAAACAAUUUUUACUCUUUUUUCUAUCAGUUAAAAGGAUUGGCAGAGUAUAUGAAACACCUUGGAUAUCAAGAUGCAAAAAGAAUUGAAGACUACACAAUUGUUUUGGAAAAGAUGAAAUGGCGUAGCAACAAUGACUAUACAAACUGUGGAGUUUACAUUAUGAAGCAUAUGGAAACCUUCACUGCUGAUCCUAAUGAGAGCUGGAUUUGUGAUUUAAAACCAAACAAUGUAAGAGUUAUAAAUGAUCAAUUAUUUAAGAUAUAAUAUUCAUUUAUGAAACAGUAAAGAUUGUUUAAUUAAAAUUUGACAAUUCAUUUUGUUCAACAAGUGGAACAAAUUAGAAAUCUAAGGCUCCAAUACAUAGCAGAACUGAUGUUAUUUGAAGAAAACACUGAAUCAAGAGCAAAUAGAAGGAAAGCUAGAAAAUUUGCAACUUUGUAGUUUCAAAUGUUCAUUUACAACUAUGUAUAUGUUCAUUUCUUAUAUAUGACUAUUUUU